AUGGCUCCAAACAAUGCGCCGGCUCUGCUGGAUCUAACAAUCGACAACAUCACACCGAACACCAACCGCAUCAACUCACAAUGCAAGGACCAGCGCUUGACCUACCUCAUGGAGCGGCUGGUCACGCAUCUGCAUGACUUUGCGCGCGAGACUCGCCUCAGCUUCGACGAGUGGAUGACAGCUCUCAAUUUCCUCGUCGGUUGCGGGAAGAUCAGCGAUGACGUCCGUCAAGAAUUCAUCCUGCUAUCCGACGUCCUGGGCCUGUCCCUGCUGGUCGACAGCAUCAACCACCCCAAGCCCGCCGGCUCGACCGAGGGCUCGGUCCUCGGGCCCUUCCACACGCACGACGCCCCGACCCUAGCGCACGGCGCGAACAUGGCCUCCGACCCCAAGGGCGAGCCGCUGCUGUGCAUCUGCACCGUCAAGGACACGGCGGGGAAGCCGGUGGCGGGCGUCAAGAUCGACAUCUGGGAGACGGACAGCACUGGGCACUACGACGUGCAGCACGCCGAUCGCGACGAGCCGAGCGAGCGGUGCGUCAUGGAGAGCGACGACGAGGGCAGGUUCUGGUUCAAGGGCAUCAAGCCUGUUAGUUACCCGAUUCCGCAUGACGGACCCGUGGGAAAGCUGCUGGAGAGGCUGGGUCGCCAUUGCUGGAGGCCGGCGCAUCUGCAUUUUAUGUUUGAGAAGAGCGGAUGGGACCAUCUGAUUACAUCGCUCUACAUGCGCGGCGACCCAUACGAGACCUCCGACGCCGUGUUCGGCGUGAAGCAGAGCUUGAUAGUGGACCUGGACAAGGUUGACAAGGCCGCGGCUGAGAAGUACGACAUCAAGGAGGGGAGCUGGUUACUGAACCACGACUUCGUGCUGACGAGCCAGAAGGAGACUGAGAAGCUGCGAGAUGAGAAGGCGGUUGAGGCCCUCGGGAAGCUGGGUCUGCGGAUGAAACUCGUGGACCACUUGCCUGUACCUGAGCUGGAUUGA